AUGGCGUCCGUAAACUGUUGGAGAUGCCUUCUGCGGCCGUCAGCGGGCGUGCCAGCAGCUCCCCAGCGAAUCGUUCCGAUCAUGAUCGCCUCGGCUCAGUUCUCGACGUCCGCGCAGGUCGCAAAGACCCAGGCCAAGGCUAGCGGCACCGGCCAGCAUCAAAGAGCGGGAAAGAAGAUGCAGCUGGGAAAGUUCAAGAAGAAGAAGGUUGAGAAGACCAAGUCGCCAGCUCCCGGAGAGCGUAAGGCGUUCCGAAAACGUAUCGUCCUUAGCAACAACAACGCUCUCGAGGUUCCCGGUCUAGACACUCUUAGUGCAGAGACUAUGGCAGACUCAGCAAAUGCAGGCAAGGUGUUUUCGAUUCCUGACAAGCUGGUCGAUCAAUUACGUGCGAGCGAGGCUUUCAAAGCAACACAGACCUGGGGACUGUUCCGCAGUCCACAUGUUUUACUGCGUUCAGAGACGGCGGACCUAGCAAAGAAGAUGCAGGCUGCGGCCGACAAGAAGGAAGCUUUACGGCUUGUCAUCUCGGGAGAUAGAUUGUCAGGAAAGAGCACCUUGCUCCUCCAAGCAUUGGCUAAUGGCUUCCUGAACGAUUGGAUUGUCGUUAAUAUCCCCGAAGCACAAGAAUUGACCACCGCCUGCACUGAGUACGCCGCGAUACCAGGCACGGAUCCUGUGCAGUGGAUGCAACCGAACUAUGCCCUCAAGAUGAUCCAGGCAAUCCGCAAAUCAAACGAACACAUUCUUAGCAAACUCACCGUCGUCAAGUCCCACGACAACCUUAUCAACCCUGUUGCUCAAGGGUCCACAGUCCUGGCUCUCGCCGACACGGCCAGAGAGGCCGACGGAGCAUGGGCAAUCUUCCAGGCUCUCUGGUCCGAGCUGACCGUCAAGGGCGAGGGCCGUCCGCCGUUCCUAUUCGCCCUGGACGGCCUCUCCCACAUCAUGAAGAUCAGCGAUUACCGCAGCCCUGCAUUCGAGCUGAUCCACUCACACGACCUUGCCAUUGUCGGCUCUUUCGUCGACAUGCUCUCUGGUCGCACUGCACUGCCAAACGGCGGCGCCGUUAUCGCGGCCAUGAGCGGCAACAAUAGCCCGCGUUCGCCAUCCGUGGAGCUAGCGCUGGUGCAGCGCUUGGCCGAGCAAGAGGGCGCGGACGUGCCGCCGAGGGAUCCGUUCUCCCGCAAGUACGACGAGCGUGUCGAUGCUGCGCUCAAGAGCGUGGAAGUGCUCAAGGUCAACGCCAUUAGCAAGACAGAUGCUCGGGCUCUGAUGGAGUACUGGGCUGCCAGCGGUCUCCUUAGACAGAGAGUCGACGAGCUCUCCGUCACCGAAAAGUGGACGCUUGGCGGCAACGGCGUGCUUGGCGAAAUGGAGAGAGCCGCGUUGCUGACAAUGAAGCUGUAA